UUUCCCUUUAAAAGAAUAUCGCUUCUCUGUUGUCAUAAAGUGCAGUACAGGUAUUAUCUGUUGUUCAACACAAAGGAUAGCAAGGCUGCAGUGGCUAAUCUACAUGUUCGUUUUGUACUGUAAUGAAACUUUUGUCUUGAUCUUCAGAAAAGCUUUGGACAAGUAUUACUACGACAUCAAACGCAGUGAUGGGAGCCCAUUUGGCCAACAGCUGACGACGUAUGAGCGGCUUCUUGAUUGGAGCCCUGCCGCUGACACUGCACUCCACACAGAGACACAGUUUUACAGCACAGUUUGGCACUGACAGAUCCUCCAGUGCUCCUUUCCCCGGCUGACUCCCACAGAGCCAUGUCUCAGGCCCAGGGGGGAGGGGAUAGGGGCAAGGACAGGGAGCGGGGCGCCCGUCCCAAGGUUCGGCAGAGCCGCUCCGAGGAGAGGAGGGAAGCGGGUGGAGGGCGCAAGGGCGGCAGGGGGAAGAAGAAAGGGCGGGUGUCCAACGAUCACGUGCUGGAGCGGCCGGUGAGCGACGGGUUCGAGUACGGGGAGCUGCUGAGCGGCCGUGAGUCCCGGAACCGGGGGUCCUGCUCGGCGCUGGGGGAACCGACGAGGCGGCAGUGCUCAGCCGCGUUUGGCUCCCUGGAGCCGGGGCCCGGCAGGCUGGCUGCGGGGGCCCAGGGGGGCGAGGCGGAGGCGGGAGCGGGGGGCAAGGCGGCGGGCAGUAGUCGCUCGCUGCGGCAGAAGAUCCAGGACGCGGUGGGGCAGUGCUUCCCCAUCAAGACCCACAGCGCUCCUCAGGUGCAGGCCCUCUCCAGCUCUGCCUCCCGCCGAAAGAUCCACCUUAGCGAGCUCAUGCUGGAGGACUGCCCCUUUCCAGCGGGCUCGGAGCUGGCGCAGAAGUGGUACCUCAUCAAGCAGCACACGGUGCCCAUCUCGCAGCCGGCCCUGUUGGACACGCUGGGCGGGGCGCCGCCCGCCCCCGCCCUCGGCUCCCCGCUGACCGCCCUGGUGGAGGACGAGGACGACCGGCUGCGCGAGCGUCGGCGAAUCAGCAUUGAGCAGGGCGUGGAGCCGCCGCCGAACGCCCAGAUCCACACGUUCGAGGUGACGGCGCAGAUCAACCCGCUGUACAAGCUGGGGCCCAAGCUGGCGCACGGCAUGAACGAGCUGGCGGGCGACGACCGGGCCACCCUCCUGCAGCAGCAGCAGCAGCACCAGCUCCUCCUGCAGAGCUGUCUCGACACCCUGGACGAGGUGGUGGCCUCUUCCGGCUCCGCCCCCUCCUCCUCCUCUUCCUCGGUUCCUGAGCCAGACGUGGGUGUGGCUGGGCCCGUCUGACCCCUGGCCAUGGCUGCCGCCGCCGCCGCCGCCCCCCUCCCCGAGUGCCCCAAGCCCCAGGAUGGCUACCGCGUGCACACGCAGAUCGACUACAUCCACUGCCUGGUGCCGGACCUGCUGCAGAUCACCAACCUGCCGUGCUACUGGGGCGUGAUGGACCGCUACGAGGCGGAGACCCUGCUGGAGGGCAAGCCCGAGGGCACCUUCCUGCUGCGCGACUCGGCGCAGGAGGACUACCUCUUCUCCGUCAGCUUCCGGCGCUACGGGCGCUCGCUGCACGCGCGCAUCGAGCAGUGGAACCACAACUUCAGCUUCGACGUGCACGACCCCAGCGUCUUCCACGCGCCCACCGUCACCGGCCUGCUGGAGCACUACAAGGAUCCCAACUCCUGCAUGUUCUUCGAGCCGCUGCUGUCCCGGCCCAUCCACCGCACGCGGCCCUUCAGCCUGCAGCACGUCUGCCGAGCCGUCAUCAGCAGCCGCACCACCUACGACGGCAUCGACCAGCUGCCCAUCCCCAACGCCCUCAAGGAGCACCUCAAGGAGUACCACUACAAGCAGAAGGUGCGCGUGCGGAGGCUGGACACCUGGUGGGAGUAGAGAGCCCGCCCGUAACGCGCUCCUAUUGGCUCCCUCCUCCGGAUCCCGCCCCUUGCUCCGAGAUCCUCCGCUUCGUUUCAGUUUGGCAAAGCUGGGAAGCGCCUCGCUGCCGAACUAGGAACAGACGCUGACCGCGAACGUGUCUGGAUGAGUUUGGGUGGUCUGAACAGACAGUUUACCAUUUCUAAACAGAGGCUGAAUCAAAACUAUAUUUGGAGUCCUGGCAUAUGAUCUUGAUUAUUACACUAUUUAUGCCAUGCUAUGAGAUGAGUCCUUCCCCUUUAAUUUCCACUCCAGGCGAUGCAAAAAAAAAAAAAAAAAAGCCCCAGAUACAAAGUUUAGUGUUCAUUUUUCCAAUUUGAAAAUCCAUUAAUCGUAUAGCCUUUUGUGACUGUUUCGAUUCCAGAUGGGCAUGGUUUAAUAACAUGGCAAAGAAUGUUUUCAAAAAAAUGUUCUGGUUGUAAUGUGAUUUCAAUAAAAUUAAGUUGGAAUUUA